CACAUUUCAUAGUUCUUUAAUCACAUCAUGGCACCAAAAACCGUGGCAGAGGCGGCAGACAACACGCAGCCGCCGCCCGACAGGCAUCUGUUCGGCCUGCUGGAACAAACUGCAGAGAGAUUUCCCGACCGCGACGCCGUGGUCGCGCUGCGACAGACGGAGAAACCAGGGCCUGUGGGCGCCGAAGUGCAGACGCCUUUGCGGUGGACUUUUUCAGAACUACACACCCGGAGUGUACGUCUGGCGGCGUCUCUCGCACAAGCGGGAAUCGGCAAAGGGAGUCGCAUCGCGGCCUUCCUGCUCAAUGAGGCCGAAUGGGCGGUGCUUUUCUGGGCUGCGGCUCGUCUCGGCUCGCAGUUCGCUCCAUUGGAUCCUCGCAUGCUCGGUCAACGCGCAGAUGCCCUGCAUCUGUUGCGGAAGCUAGAACCUGCCGCGGUGUUCGUCUCCGCGGUGGCUAUGACCACGCCUCUGGAUGCUGCGCUGACAGAAGGGGGGUUUCAGCCGGUGGUGAAGAGCAUCACGAGAGUAUCGGACGAUGAAUCGUUCCCGGAUGGCUGGACGACGUUGCCACGGCUGAUGGAGCUGCAGAGGGAAAACGCCCCCACGGCGUUGGUGCUUCCCCCGUCACCAACCAACACAGAAGACACGGUUCUCAUUCUGUUCACGAGCGGCACCACAUCUCUACCUAAGGGCUGUCCGCAUACCACGCGGUCGAUCGCGACGCCCGGCCUGAUGGUCGUCAACACCCUCAACAUCAAGCCCGGGGACCACCUCUGCGGACACCUCCCCAGCUUCCACAUCUUCGCGAUCGUAAUGACGCUCGGCACCUGGUUCAGCGGAGCGACCGUCGUCUAUCCCAGCCCGACCUUCGAUCCCGCGGCCUCCCUGGAAGCCAUCCGCCUCGGCGCGAAAGUCCACACAGCCUGUGUCCCAUCCAUGGUGCAGGCCAUCGCCUCCCAGCUGACGUCCGACAGCGAGGCUCUGCAGUCGUUGUACCAGAUUGUCCUGGGCGGCGCGUCGUUAUCGCCCAGCAUCGUCGAGCUCUGUCUGUCUCUCGGGGCUGAUCGAGUCAUUGCGGGAUAUGGCACCACGGAGGGGGUGGCCACUUUGUUGCAUUUUUAUGACGCUGCAUCAUAUCAGAAGAUCCGGGGGGAGGUGUGUUUGGGUCCUCCCCGAGCAGGUGCGAGGGUUCGCAUCUGCGCCCCUGACAGCAAGAUCCCCAUUCGCCGGGGUCAGCUCGGUGAGUUGCACCAAGGGGGAGAUCCCAUUUUUGGAGGGUAUCUCGAUGCCAGUGCGGAGGACAAUCGUACCUGCUACCAGGAGGAUGGCGUGAACUGGUCGGCGACUGGUGAUCAGGGGUACAUGGACGAGGAGGGCAAUGUCUACCUCUUGGGCAGAUAUAAAGAUCUGAUCAUCCGCGGUGGGGAGAACAUCUCGCCCGUGAAGAUUGAGCAGUGCUUGACCAAAAUCCCCGGUGUUCGGGAAGCAUAUGUCGUGGGCAUCCCUGAUCCCGUGGCCGGGGAGGUGCCGAUGGCAGUCAUCCGUCGCGACCGCACCGUCGAUGAUGUGUCCACGAGGAUGCUUCAGGCCAAGGUGCAGGAAGAGCUCGGGCGCUCUUUCGCUCCUACCAUGAUCCUCGACUUACAGGAGGACCUGCAGCAAGACCGCUACCCGACCACCACGACCGGCAAGGUCCUGAAACCCACUCUCCAGACCUGGGUGGUCGAAUAUCUCCAGCAGCAGGCCGCACCCGAGUCGGCCUCGGGGGAUGACCUCGUGUCCCAGAUCGCGGCCAUCUGGGUGGCCAUUACCGGACUCCACGCCGACCAGCUGGACCUCGACGCCCCGAUCCGCACCUUCGCCGACAGCAUGAUGAUGAUCCAGUACCUGCACACCGUGACGCAGCGUCUGGGACGCGUGACUCGCAAAGACCUGAUCGAGCACGACACCAUCCGCAAGCAGGCCGACUUCCUCCUCGCCAACCGCAGCAUCGCCAGCAGAAAAGCCUCCGUCAUGCAGCCUCCCUCCCCCGGCAGUCCGCCCACCUCUCUCGAUCCAGCUCGCGUACAGCAAGUCGGCGAGGCCACCCUCCGGCCCCUCGGGUUCAGCUGGGAUGAUGUCGAGGAGACCCUGCCCGUCACCGACACGCAGACCUGGUUCCUGAAAGACACCCUCAGCCCCAGCGCCUUCAAGAUCCGGACCUCGUGGAUUGCCGCCCCCGGGCUGAGCGUGGAGUACCUCGAGGCCAUCAUCCACCUGUGGAUCCACCGCCACCCACUCCUGCGCAGCACCGUCGCGCAGUACGACCAAGACCGCAUGGUCUGGCUGAUCAUGCGGCCCACCGCCCGGUGGAUGCAGCAGCACAUCACGCACGGCCGCGCAGUCGACCACAUCGCCGCGCUGACCCAAUACCACGCCGACAACCCGUGGGAGGGCUGCGUGGUGCUCCCCGGCCCCUUCCUCAAGGCCACCCUUGUUCGGGAUCGAGACUCUUCCCGCGCCGGGGUGAUCCUGCACUGCCACCAUGGCAUCUACGACGCGGUCACCAUCUUCCGGUGGCUGCAGGACUUCAAAGACCUCCUGGCCAACAACGGUCUGCCGCGCCUGGACUUCCGGAGCUAUGGCCGCUUCCUCGCCGACUACCAGCAGUACAUCUCCAGCGCGGCGACGGCCGACGCAGCGGUUGCCUUCCACGUCCAGCGGCUGCAGGGGGUGUCCGCGAGGCACGCCACGCCGUGGCCGCGCCUGUCGACAUGGAACGAAGUCCGAGCGCAGGGACUCGACCCGUUCAUCAGCACCUCGACCAAACGCUCCGUCCGACUCCCCCAGCUCGCGGAGAUGCGGCGCGCAUCCCACAUCCCCGUCCCGGUGAUCGGAAAGGCGGCGUGCGUCCUCCUCAACGCCCAUCGCACCGGGGUGUCCGAGGCGGUCUUCAACGUCGCCGCGUCUGGUCGCGUCUGGCCCGACGAGACCCGCGCCCACCCCAAUCCCCUGGAAAUCGACGGGCCCAUGAUCGGAUUCUGUGUCGAGCGCGUCCUCGUCCAGCCCGCGGAGACUGUGCGCGAGCUGUUGACCCGGUUGACCGCGGACCAGGACGUGCAGAGUCUCUACACGCAUGCCCCGUUCAGUCGCGUCCUGGACCGGCUGCGCGCGCUGGAUGCCGCUGCCGGCACGAAUGACGCGGGUUUUAUUGAGCAGGCGGCGUUCGCGCAGGUGUUCAACUGGCGGUUGGAGCAGUAUGCGGAGACGGAGGGGGAUCCGAUUCGGAUGGUGGAUUUCCGCGGGGGGUAUGAUCUCGGGGUGAUUUGGUUGCCGACGCUGUUGGAGGGGGACGUGUUGGAGUUGGAGCUCAUCGUGAAUACGUUGGCGGUGGGGGGAGAGGCGGAGAUUGUGGGUUUGAUGGAGGAGUUUCUGGCUGUCAUGGGGUGGUUGUGUGAGGUGGAGAACUUGGAUAAACGAAUAGCGGAGUGUCGUUAUGAGGGGGCGGCUUGUUGGUGA